AUGGUGAUUGGAUUGGUUCUAAGGGCCUCUCAUGGGGAGAUUUCUUGGCGGGUUUGUGUUGCCUCUGCUGCUGCAAACAGGGGACAUGGGACCUCUGAAUUCAAUGGUGAAGUUGUUGCCACCGUUUGCGGUAUCGUCGAGCGCGUCAAUAAGCGUUGGAGAGUGGAGAUAAACUAUAGCCAUGAUGCAGUGUUGAUGCUUUCUUCAAUGAACUUACCUGACGGCAUCCAGGCUGAAGUUCGUGGUUUUCAACAUGAUGGUUUACAUCUCCAAGCAAGAAGUCAGAAGUAUGGAAAGCUUGGAAGGGGUCAAUUGCUGACAGUCCCUCCUUAUCUGGUGAAAAGACGCAAGCAGCACUUCCAUCAUUUAGAAAACUAUGCUAUUGACUUGAUAAUUGGCUGUAACGGAUUCAUCUGGGUUGGGGAACAUGUUCAAGUGACAGACGAUAUGGUAGUGGAUCAAGUGAACAAGUCUGAACAAGAUGAUGCCAAACCUGAUGAAAAUUCCAUUAGUCCCGAAGAUCAAGAGAAAAACUACACUCGGCAAGAGACAAGAGAGAACAUAUGCAGGGCUGCAAAUGCUGUCCGCGUAUUGUCUACUUUAGGCUUCAAUAUUACUGUAGAAGUAAUCACGGAGACGAGAAGGAGUCUGUAA